UUUCAUAUUCAUUUUGAUGAAAGGGUAUUGUUUCCUUUCUUCCAACCCAUUUCUCCUCUUCUCCGUACUUUCACGGCAACCACUUUCCGUUCAAUCGCCGUCCGCCACCGUCAACUCUCAUCGCCGCCGCAACCGCUUUCCACUCCUCCUCCUCAGGUCCGUUUGAAUUUCUGGAAUUAUUCUAAACAACAUUAAGCUGGCUUGUCAAUCCUAGUGGGGAUUUGGAAGAAGAUACCAUAAAGAUUUCGUUCAUAAAUGGAGCUGAAAGCUUCAUCUCCAAAGCCAGAGUCUGUUGUGCCAUCUGAUUGUGCCAGUGAUCCUGAAGAAACGGAAGUGAGCGACGACGACGACGAUGAUCGGAAUCAUAAGCAUCGGAAGAAGGAAGAUCGUUCUCAAUCAUUAGAGAGAGAUGUUUCAGAUCCUGUAAUUAACAGGCCAUUCAAAAAGUGUCACAAAAAUUUUGGGAAUCGCCAUCCGUUCAGAGAAAAUGAAUCGAUGGCCUUUGAAACACUGAGAACCUACAAUGAUGCCACCACAGAUAAAGAUUUUUACUCCAAGUUUGACAGAAGGCGCCCUGGGAUGACUUCAGGUCCUCGAAUGCCUUUUGAUAUGAAUCAAAGAAUACGGCCAAACCAAUUAUUUGCCGGAGAUCCUGGUGCUGGUAGGGGAAGAGGCAGGGAAUCCGGUUUUUGGAAUCAACGUGAAUCCAGGUUCAGCUCAAUUGAUGUUGCUUCACAAAUGGUUCAGCAGGGACCCAUUCAUCCAGCCCUUUAUACUGGACGUGGGUUACCAAAUAUAUCAAAUGCACAAAAUGCGUCUUGGAAUACAUUUGGUUUACUUCCAGCAGUACCCAAUGGUGGCUUAGACAUGCUUCAUCCAAUGGGUUUACAAGGAACACUCAGACCACCUAUUAAUUCAUCUUUAAAUGUGAAUAUUCCUCGUCAACGAUGCAGAGAUUUUGAAGAACGUGGAUUUUGCCUUAGAGGGGACAUGUGUCCUAUGGAACAUGGUGUAAAUCGAAUUGUCGUUGAAGAUGUUCAGAGUCUUUCACAGUUCAACCUUCCUGUUUCGCUUACAAGUGCACACCUAACUGGAGCACCUACUGGAUCUGGAUCACUGCAUUCAGUAAAUAAUUCAACUGCUUCAAUGAACAGCAAAUGUAAACCUGGAAUAAUUUCCAAGUCCAUUGUCAGUGAUGUUGGUUCGUCGAUGGAUGGUGCAUAUCCCGGUCCUGGUUGCACAAGUGGAGCUGAUCUUUAUGAUCCAGAUCAACCACUGUGGAAUGAUAGGGGUCUGGAGAUCGAUGAUGCUGAGCCUAUGUCUAGUGAUGCUCCAGAUAGUGUUUGUCCAGUUGAAGCUACCAGAACUUCUGUCAGUUUACAGGGUGCCAGUUCAUCUGUCUGGGGCAGAAUUGGUGGUUCAAAAAAUAGAUUCGACACGAAAGAAAAAUCCAACCCUACAAUGAGUUCUUUUCAUUUUCCUGAUAAUCAACCAAAGGAAGAUAAUGAUGAAUUAGUAGGUUGUCACAGUGCUUCCAGUCAAGGUAAGCAGAUCAUUGCAGAUGAUGCUAUCCCGAGAGCCUUUGAAGCAUCUUUGAAGGCACAGAUUGAUAUGCGUAACAUACGUAAACCAUCACAGAAGGCACUGCGUACUCUAUUUGUAAAUGGGAUACCUCAUAAAAGUAACAGGAGGGACGCUCUUCUUGCUCAUUUUAAGAAGUUUGGGGAAGUUAUUGACAUUUAUAUUCCAUUGAACAGUGAACGAGCUUUUGUCCAAUUCUCCAAGAGGGAAGAGGCUGAGGCUGCUCUAAGGGCACCUGAUGCUGUAAUGGGCAAUCGUUUCAUCAAGCUGUGGUGGGCUAAUCGUGAUUGUAUCCCUAGUGAAAAUACUAGUAGUAGUAGUGGGAAUGGUGCAAUUGUAACUCCCCGUGGGCAACCCACUUUCGUUCCAUCUCAUCCAGUUGCCACUGAUAGGAGAAAAGAUAUCCAUCAACCCGAUGCUUCAAGGACUACAUUUGAAGAAUCAUCACCUUCUGAUCCGUCUAAGCUGGUAAUUGCAGAUGCACCCAAGGUUCCACCUCCUUUGCAGAGGAAGCUUGAAAACUUGGAGCAUCUAAAGGAACAACUGCGUAAGAAGCAGGAAAUGCUGGACCAAAAGCGUAACGAGUUCAAGCGCCAGUUGAACAAACUUGAGAAACAAGCUACAGGACCCAAGGGGGAAGCUGUUACUGAGCAACCUGCCAAGAGACCCAAAACGAGCAUGGCGUCUGAUGUUGCCAAACUGGCUUCUCCUCAAUCGUCUGAUGCUGAUAUUGGUAUGUCAUCUUCACAAGCAGAGACAGCAGUGGAUAAAAAUAAACAGUUGGCCAAUUCUGUUUCCCAAAGUCCCAAACCAAGUACACCGAGGAAACCACAUGAACCUGCAGGAUUGAAGCAGUCAAUUCAAUCAUUAGUGCCUGUAAAUAGAUACAAGCUGGAUAAUCGUCCCACCGCAUUCAGAAUCAUUCCACCUUUGCCAGUCGGUCUAGCAAAUGUUGCUGCUUUGGAGGAACACUUCUUACCAUACGGUGAACUUUCCGCUGUAGAGCUAGAAGAUGUCCAAGUCAACGAUAGUAGCGAACAAGAGGCACGUCUAAAUUUCACUACUCGUGGAGCAGCUGAGCAGGCGUUUACAAAAGGUAAAUGCUGGAAAGACCAUAACCUUAAAUUCAUGUGGCUGACACCUACCAAUUCUGGCAACGCCACUGUCAGUAGAGAACGUUCUCUGUCUGCUCCUCCCAGCGAGCCCUUGGAUACAACAAAUAGCAAUUCUGAAGAGAAAUCGCGAAACUCUGCAAACCAUGAAGCAAUUGUGUCUGACGGUGAGCAUAAAGAUUCCGAAACUAAAAAUGAUUUGGAGAAUAUGAAAACAGAACAAGAUGAAGAUCUCCAGUGUACCACCAGUCAAGUUUCUUCUGCCAAACAAUCACCCGAAAACAAUGUCUGCUGAGAGGAUCUGUUGAUGGUCAGAUUUGUACAGCGAGGUAAAAUUUUAAAUCGAUCAAACACUAAUUUUCAGGAACAUUUUUUUUAUUCAAUUUCUCAAAAAAAAUAUUAUUCCAUGUUCCUUUUGUCAAUGCACAAGACUUGUAAAGUUCCUUCUAUUUGGCCACCUCUUGUAUUUGGUGGUAUUAGUCAAUUGGCACAUCGUGCUAUUUCUCAACUUUUCAAUAGUUCUAUUUUAGGAUAAAUUUUUUGAAGAUCAAAGUUCUGUUAAAAGCCGUUUAACGGUUACUUGACAAAUAUUCGGGAACCCUUUCCCUUUGUGUUUGUAGUUAAAGUAGAAAAAUAUAAUUGAAAAUGUUUAGUUUAACUCCA